UAUAGAUUGCUCAUAGUUAUUAAUGAAAUGGUUGCAGAAAAAAUAAGAGAUAGAAGUAAUGGUGAUGUAGCGGUUGACUCCUAUCAUAAGUACAAAGAAGAUAUUGAACUCAUAAAGGAUUUGAAUAUGGAUGCUUAUAGAUUCUCCAUUUCUUGGUCUAGAGUUCUACCAAAGGGAAAGCUUAGCGGAGGUGUAAAUCCUGAAGGAAUAAAAUACUACAACAAUCUCAUCAACGAAUUAUUGGCUAAGGGUUUGCGACCAUAUGUGACACUUUUUCAUUGGGACGUUCCCCAAGCUUUAGAGGAUGAGUAUGGCGGUUUUUUAAGGCGUCGCAUUGUGUGAGUGACACCAAUUUCA